AUGGACAAUAUCAUCGAUUUGGAGAUUCUGGAGGAGCCUUCACUUUGUUUCAGUUCCCUCAAUACCUCGUGUGUGAAGAUUGAUUAUUCUCUGGAAGUUCGGGUUUUGCUCUACAUCCUCUUUAGCACGUCUUCUCUCAUCACUGUGAUCGGAAACCUGCUUGUGAUUAUAACUGUGGUACAUUUCAGGCAGCUGCGCACAUCAACUAAUUACCUCAUUCUCUCUCUGGCUGUUGCUGAUCUGCUUGUAGGAGGAAUAGUGAUGCCUCCCAGCAUGAUACGCUCAGUGGAAACUUGCUGGUAUUUAGGAAGUACCUUUUAUCGAUAUUAUGCUGUAUGUCAUCCACUUCUGUAUUACAGUACAAUUACUCCUACUACCAUUAGAUUCAUGAUUGUUGUGUGUUGGAGCAUUUCUGUAUCUGUUGGGUUUGGGAUGAUAUUUCUGGAGCUCAAUAUUCUUGGAAAUGAAGAGUUUUAUUACAAUAACUUUGUUUGUGAAGGCGCCUGCAUGGUUUUUCAAGCCAAAGUGGGAGCUGUAGUGUUUUCUAUGCUCUGCUUUUACAUCCCUGCUGUAAUCAUGCUUUGUGUAUAUGCAAAAAUCCUCCUCACAGCACAAAGACAAGCUCGUGCAAUUCAAUCCACAAAUGCACAGAUGAAGACAGUCGAGGAAAAAGGUGGUAUGAGCAAGUCGGAACGGAAGGCCACGAAAACGUUAGCCAUAAUUGUGGGAGUUUUUCUGACAUCCUGGGUGCCGUUCUUUAUCUGUAACUGUAUAGAUCCAUUUACAGGAUAUUCACUUCCUCCAGUUGUGUUUGAUGUAGCAAUCUGGGUGGCAUAUUUCAACUCAACAUGUAAUCCGAUAGUGUAUGCAUUUUUCUACAGCUGGUUCAGACAAGCUUUUCGAGUCAUUCUGUCAGGUGAAAUAUUUCUGACUGAUUCUUCAUACACUAAAUUAUUUUAA